AUGACGAUUGAUAAGUCUUGGACUUCUUGGAGAAAACGUGGUAAAGAAUAUUGGGAGUGUCUACAAGCCUUUUUGGCGAUAGCUUCAGAUUAUAAAAAUUUUGAUGGAAAAAUUAGAUGUCCUUGUGUUAGAUGCUUAAAUACUCAAUUUGAGCCUUUGCACAUUGUGGAAGCGCAUAUAUUUGAUUGGGGUUUUAAUAAUGGUUAUCGAAAGUGGAUUUACCACGGGGAGUCAGAGACAGAAGUUGUUGCACGAACGGAAGUUGUUGACCCAAUCUUAGAUGAAGAAGAUGACGAGAUGAUUCCCAUUGUUGAAGAUUUCAUUCGACCAACAACUGAAGAUGUUCAAAACAACUCUGACUCUUUUCAAUAUUACGACGAGUUAUUUGAAGAGAUUGAAGCUGAAUUGUAUUUUGGAUGCCAUUGGAUUUCUUCACUUAACUUUCUAGCAAAGUUAUUGCAUUUGAAAGUUCGUGGAAAAAUUCCUAUCGGCGUAUUUGAUGAAUUAUUGAAAAUGUUGAAUCUUGCUUUUCCGAAAGGAAAUAAAAUUCCAUCGACGUACUACGAGGCUAAAAAGAGACUAAAAAAAUUAGGGUUAGACUAUGAGUCAAUUCAUGUGUGUGAGCAUGAUUGUUGCUUGUUUUAUAAAGAGCAUGCCACUAAAGAUGCUUGUCCAAUUUGUGGAACUAGUCGAAGGAUCACUUCAACAAAAGCUAAUGGAAAAAGGGUGCCUCGUAAGGUGUUGCACUAUUUUUCGUUGACACCUCGAUUGAAAAGAUUAUAUGGUUCAAGACAUACAACAAAACACAUGGCAUGGCAUCAUACUGGAAAAUCAAAGGAUGAACGAGUGAUGCGUCACCCGGUUGAUGGGAUAGCUUGGAAGGACAUUGAUGCUAAACAUCCUAAUUUUGCCAGUGAACCUAAAAAUGUUCGCUUAGGUUUAGCUGCUGAUGGCUUUAAUCUAUUUAGCAACAUGAGCCUAGCAUACAAUAUGUGGCAUGUCGUGUUAGCAAACUAUAAUCUUCCACCUUGGAUGUGCAUGAAAGACAAUAAUUUCAUGUUGGCCCUACUAAUUCCUGGACCAAAAUCACCAGGUAAAGACAUGGAUGUAUUUCUAAGACCAUUGGUAGAUGAGCUGAAAGAGUUGUGGGUUGAUGGAGUUGAUACGAGAGAUUGUAGGACAAACACUAUGUUCAAGUUGCGUGCAACCCUUUUAUGGACUAUUAAUGAUUUUCCUACUCGAAGUAGUUUGUCUGGAUGGAGUGGUCAAGGAUACAAAGCUUGUCCAACAUGCAACGAAGACACUUCUUCGAUACGAGUGAUUGGUAAGACAUCAUAUGUAGGACAUAGAAGAUUCUUGCCCAGUAACCAUCGAUUUAGAAGGGACACCAACUUUGAUGGAGAAAUUGAAAGAAGACAUCCACCGAGACGUUUUACUUGUGAGAAAAUUCUCGAACAAGUAAACAAACUUGUGCCACAAGUUCCUGGAAAACAUGACCAAUUUGGUGGUGUAAAACGCAGACAGGUUGCAGAAGAUCAAAAUUGGAGGAAAAAAAACGUGAAGUUUUCCGAUGGAUUUUGCUCAAAUUUGAAGAAGAAAGUGAACAAUGAUUUAUCAAAUAUUCUUGGAUUGAAGUCUCACGAUUGUCAUGUAAUUAUACAAAGAUUAUUGGCAGUUGGUGUCCGCAAGUUUCUCCCGAAAGAUAUAUCGACAACUAUUGCUGAAUUAUGUAACUUUUUUAGAAGCAAUUUGGGUGGACCUGUAUUUAUGAGAUGGAUGUACCCUUUCGAGAGGUACAUGAAAAAAUUGAAGAACUAUGUUGGAAAUAAAGCUCGUCCUGAAGGGUCAAUAGCUGAAAGCUAUGUUGCAGAUGAGGCAUUGACGUUUUGUUCUAUGUAUUUUAAGGGGGUAGAAACCAAAUUUAACCGACUUGAUCGCAAUGAAGAUGAUGUGAUUCCUAAAAUUUGUACUGUCUUCCAAUCACAAUGUCGUCCCCUAACAAAAGCAAAUAUCAUGCCUCUGGACAGAAAAACUCGUGAAAAGGCUGAGUGGUUCAUCUUUGACAAUUCACCUGAAAUCAGACCAUAUUUAGAUGAACACUUAGAAGAGAUCAAACUUCAAUACCCAAAUGGAGAUCAUAACAUCUUACACAAAAAAAAAUUUCCAGCGAUAUAUGAUUUACACAAGCUUGGAUCAUUGGAGAAUGGUGAAGAGUUGCUAGCUUUAGCAUGUGGGUCAGAUCACUUAGUAACAUAUUAUGAAGGGAUUGUAGUGAACGGUGUUCGUUACAUGGUAACUGAACGUGAUAAGAAGCGUACUACGCAAAAUAGCAGUGUCUCUGUGGCGGGAACAGAAGGAUUUGAUUAUUAUGGGACGCUGGAAGAUGUGAUGAUGUUAACUUUUUGUGAUGUGUAUUCAGCUGGUGAAAAUAUUGUAGAUGGUGACGUUGAUGAUGUAAUAGUUGAUGAAGGUGAUGAGUUGCUAAUUGAUCAAUGUGAAGACGAUAUUGUUUCUGAAAAUAGUGAGUGUGAUAGUGACUAUUAG